CGAAGAUGCGAUGGUGGGAGAAAGUUCAUCUGUUUCUUCACGAAUUUCAGCAAACCGCUAGUAGGCUAUGACGCUGCGGCUCGGUUACUGCCGGGCGUUUGCCCUCGGUGUUUAUUUCGUUUUUACGAUAGUGCAUCAUGUCGAGGCUCUGCGCGGCUGUGGUGGUUGCGCCAACGCCCUAAACGCAUAUGGAGGAUGUAAUUGCUCUGGGAUUAAGGGUAGACCUGGAGCUCCCGGUCUGCCAGGUUCACCAGCUCCACCUGGCAUUUACGGAGAUAUAGGUUUCCCAGGACCGGAUGGACCCAAAGGUGAAAAAGGGAUGGCCGGAGAAAUUGGUGGUCAAGGAGAGUUGGGACCAAGGGGAGAUGACGGACUUCGAGGACUGUCAGGAACUCCUGGAUUUCCUGGUAACGAAGGAGAGCCAGGUUUCUCUGGACCAGCUGGUUUAGACGGGUGUAACGGUACCGACGGCUCACCAGGUUCACGAGGACUCCCUGGAUCCCCUGGUAGAAGAGGCACGACCGGUCCCGACGGGGUGCAAGGUCCACCAGGUGAACCUGGAGAAGGUGGAGGAAAUUCUAUCGGGACUAAAGGUGAACCUGGAGUCCCAGGGUAUGAUGGAAGGCAAGGACCAGAAGGACCGAGAGGACCGAUGGGCUCACAAGGUUACAGAGGAACGCCGGGAAUACAAGGAAUAACUGGAGAGGCUGGUCCUUGGGGGCCGCAAGGUGACCGUGGAGAUUACACGAAGGGAGUAGCUGGUGAACCGGGAAAAGCAGGGGACACUGGUCCAGCUGGUGAACCCGGAGAAUCUCCAGAAAAUGAGUUGAGGAUUCUACCAAUAAGUCAGUCUCUUCGAGGUAGACGCGGUGAUCGUGGAGAAAAGGGAGAAAUAGGACCGAGGGGAAUCAAAGGACAAGUUGGUUCCAAAGGAUAUUCGGGAGUUCCAGGUCUGAAAGGAUCUCGUGGCUUGCCCGGAGAUGAAGGAUAUGAAGGUCCCAGAGGAAAAGAUGGGAAAGAAGGACCAAAAGGUCAACCCGGAGAGAAAGGCGACAAAGGAGCUCCCGGAUACGCGGGAAUACCUGGAACGGACGGAGAAAAAGGUGAGCCAGGAGAACACGGUCCACAAGGUCGUCCUGGAAUUCAAGGAAUAGAAGGACCUAAGGGUGCCUACGAUCCAACGCUUGAUAAGAUCGUACCAGGUGUAGAGGGUCCUCAGGGUCCCAUCGGUCUCCCCGGGAACAGGGGCAUGGCAGGUAUUCCCGGCAUGCCAGGAACGCCAGGUCCUCAAGGACCUGCUGGAGAGCCCGGUCCUCCUGGUAAAAUUGGUCAACCAGGUAAAAAAGGAUUAACUUGGAAAGGGGAACAUGGUGAUCGUGGUACACCCGGAAACCCUGGAAGAACAGGACCACCUGGUCCGCCAGGGCCAGUCGGGCGAGCAGGUGACAAAGGUUUCAGAGGUGAAGAUGUUGUCGGUCCUGCCGGGGAGCCUGGCAUGCCAGGAAUACCGGGAAUAGCAGGAUUACGUGGCGAGAGAGGAGACGUUGGUUUGACCGGACCUAAAGGUUUUCCUGGAAUAGGUAAAGAAAUGACCGGACCACCAGGAGAACCUGGACCAAGGGGAUUCCCAGGAUUACAUGGAGAUGACGGAAUUCCUGGAUUCGACGGGAUAAACGGAGUCAAAGGAAAGAGAGGAGACGAUUGUGGUGUUUGCCGCCCAGGUCUACCUGGUGUGAAGGGUGAAAAAGGUGUUAGUGGACGUCCAGGAUACCCCGGCCCCGUAGGAUUCGUAGGUUUACCAGGGCCAAGGGGCCUAAAAGGUACCCCAGGAAAGGCAGGCAUCGCGGGACCUGUUGGUUUGGAAGGGUCUGCAGGUUCUCCAGGAGUACAAGGGCUGCCUGGUGCAGAUGGACCGGAUGGAAGAUUGAUUUUUCCCGCUCCAGGACAAACGGAGGCUGCUGAAGUAGGGGAUAAAGGUUACCCAGGAUUUAUGGGCAACGACGGAAAAAUGGGUGAACCUGGACCUCUCGGUCCCACUGGGUUACAAGGUAAUAAGGGCGAACAAGGGGCGCCCGGAGAAGAUGGAUACUUUGGAAGAGAUGGAUCACCAGGAAGAGCUGGUCCCAGAGGACCCAAGGGAUUCGCUGCUGAUAAAACCAGAGAAGAACUAAUUGGUGACAAAGGAAAACGUGGAAUACCUGGAAAUAAAGGUGAAAUGGGAGAUAAAGGUUUGAAAGGAGCAACAGGAGAUGCGAUAGGUAAAUUGGUACGUCUGCGUGGAGAUAAGGGAUUCCCAGGUUUGCCAGGAGUGCCAGGUAUUGACGGAUUCAAAGGUUUGAGAGGCUUCAAGGGAGAUCUUGGAGCAAGAGGUAACUUGGGUUACCCUGGACCUCAAGGAAGAAGCAUUCCUGGACCACAAGGUUUGAAAGGUUAUCCUGGUAUUCCUGGAGAUAGGGGCCCCCAAGGACAGCCUGGUAUAGAUGGAAAAACUGGAGAAAUGGGAAGUCCAGGAAUACUAGGGCUAAAGGGUAGUCGUGGAAGUCCCGGUCUAGCAAUUCUACAUGGAGAAGAAGGUCCAAACGGCCUUCCAGGACCGAAGGGACAACCGGGCGAUUUUGGAUUCGAUGGUUUUCCCGGUAGAGACGGCUAUCCGGGAAUCAAAGGUGAAAAAGGACCCAAGGGAGCUCCCGGCAUCGCUGGUGCACCUGGACUGGCUGGCAUGAAAGGUCAAUUGGGUGAUGUACGAAGAGGACCACGCGGGCAAGAUGGACUCAAUGGAAGCAUAGGAGAACGCGGUGCACCUGGUGAAGCUGGACCUGAUGGCCCAGACGGGUGGCAAGGACCAGUAGGUGCACCUGGAUCUAAGGGAGACCCAGGUUUUCCUGGCCUUCACGGUGCUCCAGGAGAUGAAGGCGAGGCAGGAUUUCCCGGUCAUCAAGGAUACGUUGGAAGCGCUGGAUUACCAGGUCAAACCGGAGCUAGAGGUGAUAUGGGAUUCCGUGGAAACAGAGGCGCGCCAGGUCCGCAAGGGUUACUCGGACAAAACGGUUACAAGGGUCAGAGGGGUGAUAAGGGAUUACGAGGAUAUGAAGGGUUAGAAGGAGAUCCUGGCUUGCCAGGACCAAGAGGAGAUCAAGGACAACCGGGUUCUAAAGGUGCACGCGGAGAUUCAUCUUUCAGUGGACCAAAAGGUGAACCAGGAAUUCCGGGGAUGGUAGGGCCACCUGGUUAUGAUGGACCUCCCGGACUACCUGGAACACCGGGUUUGCCAGGUUCGAAAGGAUACGACGUUUUCGGUCCAGACGGAUUCAAGGGAAUGAGCGGAGAACCUGGCUUACCUGGACGCAACGGAGCAAUUGGUUUGAAAGGAGAGAGAGGAGAGAUUGGAGUUGAAGGAUUGCCCGGACAGAUAGGUGACAAAGGUUUCAAAGGAUACGCAGGAUCGUCUGGAUUGGAUGGUCUACCUGGAAUCAAGGGUGAAAUUGGAGAUAGAGGUUUCAGAGGAAUACCUGGAAGAAAAGGAGAAAGAUCCCCUGACGGUGAACCAGGUCAACUAGGAAGACCAGGACUGCCUGGAGAUGUCGGUCCUCCGGGAAUUACAGGACCUCCCGGUUCCCCUGGAUUGAAAGGAGAUAAGGGAUUACCAGGAUUACCAUCAUUCGGUACUGUGGAGCCAGGAGAAAUGGGAGAUACUGGUAUUCACGGACCCAAAGGUAUUAAAGGAAUUCGGGGAGACCAAGGAUAUCCUGGACAAAUGGGAAGACGAGGAGAAAGAGGCGAUGACGGGUUCAAAGGUCUCAGGGGUGAACCAGGAUUCCCAGGUCUGAAGGGAGAAAGAGGCAGAGACGGUCUAGCAGGAGAACCAGGACUGCCAGGACAAAAUCCGGAACCAGGUGAUCGAGGAGAUCCGGGAUUGGACGGAUUCGAGGGUCCACCUGGAAAAACGGGACAAAAAGGAGCACCAGGUGAACUCGGAGACGACGGUUAUCGUGGAGCACCUGGAAUUCCAGGAAUAAGUUUACAAGGACCCAAAGGGAUGAGAGGAAACGAAGGAUUUCCAGGUCCUCAAGGAGCGAUAGGCAUGGAGGGCUUCCCUGGCAAAGACGGUUUACAUGGUAUGCCUGGUGAAAAGGGUAUGCAAGGAGAUUACGGAUUGCCAUCGUUCAACUCCAAAGGACAAAAGGGUGAAGUAGGUUUCCGUGGACCGGUGGGAUUCAGAGGGGAAAAAGGACAACGAGGUGAUCAAGGUUUCGAAGGAAGACCAGGGUUCUCAGGACGAAGAGGAAACAAAGGUCUGCGGGGUCCUAAAGGUUAUCCCGGAGCUACUGGAAUCAACGGAUUCAACGGAAUGAAGGGUGAACCAGGUGACUGGUUCACAGAUAUAUUCCCAGGCGCACCAGGAGAUCAGGGUCUGCCAGGUUUCGACGGACGAAAAGGAUUACCAGGUUUCCCUGGACGACCCGGUUUGCAGGGAAGAAAGGGUGAAAAAGGCUUCAGAGGUGAUAUUGGUUUCGACGGUUUACCUGGAUUGAAGGGUAUCAAAGGAGAAAGAGGGGACGCGGGUUUGCAAGGAGCCGUGGGUAUAAGAGGUCUUCCAGGACAGAAAGGACCGAGAGGAGAUCCGGCCCCGUCACCACCAGGUCCAAGGAGUAGGGGAUUCUACUUCACUAGGCAUUCCCAGUCGGAGCAGAUUCCUAUUUGUCCAAGAGAUACUAUAAAACUCUGGGAUGGAUACUCUUUAUUACAUAUAAUGGGAGAUGCGAAGGCACAUGGACAAGAUUUAGGUGCUCCAGGAAGUUGUCUAAGAAAAUUCAAUACUAUGCCAUAUUUGCAUUGUAAUCUGAAUGAUGUCUGUAACUACGCACAAAACAAUGACUACAGUUAUUGGUUAUCGACGACUGAACCUAUGCCGGCUACGAUGACCCCCAUUCCAUCUCCAGAAGUUGCCAGAUAUAUAUCGAGAUGUUCCGUAUGUGAAGCACCAACCAGAAUCAUUGCAAUUCAUAGUCAAACUACAGCGAUUCCUCAGUGCCCAAGUGGAUGGGACGAUUUAUGGAUUGGAUACAGUUUCAUAAUGCACACUGACGCCAACGCUGAGGGAGCUGGACAAUCUUUGGUAUCUCCAGGUUCGUGCCUUGAAGAGUUCCGACCCAAGCCUUUCAUCGAAUGCCACGGUCACGGUAGAUGUAACUAUUUCGCGACCGCCACCUCCUACUGGCUGGCCACCAUCGAAGACAACAACAUGUUCAAGAAACCCAGGCAGGAGACCUUGAAGGCCGGAUACCUGACGUCCAGGAUAAGCAGAUGCUCCGUUUGCAUCAGAAGGAGAUACAACGUCGUUGCCAGCAAUCCAGAACCGCGUUUGCCUCCUCCAGAGGUGAGGUUACCCCCUAACCGAUAUCCGGAGAGGAGGCCAGUUCAGCCUUCCAACACUGGUCGAGGCUACGAUUCCAGAGAGAACGAAGUCAUAGGGUACCAGAGGGGACCGAGCAGGUAUCCAGAAAGGAGGCCUUCUCCGGCUAGCAGCGCAACUUACUACAAUCCGUACCGCAGCGCCUACGACCGGAAUAAUAGGAAUCUACAACCAGGAAGGCGUAUCAGGCCCGGAAUGAGGAGACAUAAGAAGCAUACCACGAAGCAAGUCAUCCAGAAUAAUGUGUGAUUUUCUAGUGCCAUUUAAUAUUGUAAUUAUGUGAAUAUGUAUGUUCCAAUUGUAUUAUAACUAUAUUAGAGUCGUAGAACUUUUUACCUUUAUGUGAUGUCGAUGAAAUAUAACUUGCUUCUCCACGUGCUUUGUGGAGAAAUUUCUUGAGUGUGCAAAACUUGACACUAUCUUGAUAGACAUAGUAUAUAUUUAAAAAAUUAUAUUUUUAUCGGUAAAAAAUUGCAAAUACUUCGGAAUUAGCUUUAACUAAUACACGCGAAACAUGAAUGCUCUACCUAAGAUACACUGCCACUAGUAUUUUCAUGUCCAUAUUUGUGUAACUGAAAUAGAAUUUUCAUUAAAAAAUGUUACUUCAAGAAA